AUGUGUUUUGCUGAUUUGGUUAAGGGUAAAAAACCCUAUAUGUUAACAUAUUCAGAUUUAUUAUCUCUACCCGAGGCGUCUUUAUAUAUUGAAAAACCAACUUUGGGUUUACCUAUAGAACUUACUCAAGAGGGGAGUGAUAUAUUCCAGUUUAGUCUUACUGGGAGACUAAACUUUAAAGGUUUAAAACUUAAUGAUGCUAAAAAAAGUUUGGAAGAACAAUGGGGUUUCAGUGAUGGAAGGUGCAAGCUGGUUCCUAUGACUAAGGGGUUUUUCAUCAUCAAGUUGACUUCUGCAGAGGAUAAAGAACGAGUUUGGCAUGGUGAUUCAUGGAAGGUGCAGAAACAAACACUUAGGGUUAUGAAUUUUUACCCUAACUUUGAUCCGGAGAGGCAAAAUACAUCUCAUGCUACAUUUUGGGUGAGUUUUCCUGGCUUAUGCAUUGAGUUGUGGACUAAAAAAAUUCUUCUAUCCAUUGCAAUAAUUCUUGGUAAGCCGAUUGUUAUAGAUCAGAAAACCUUGGAUCAUGAUGUUGGUAACUAUGUUGUUAUGCUGAUUGACAUUGAUUUUGCUAAGGUAGUUCCUAAAACAAUACGUCUUAAAGCUAAUGAAAGGGAAUUCUGGAAAUAUGUGGAAAUACAAGAUGUUGAGAAUACUAAAUUUUGUACUCAUUAUAAAAUUAUGGGUCAUAAGUUUGAGAACUGUCUUGCAUCUCGUAAGAUUUUAGGGAGUUCUAUUAUGGAAGAGAAACGUGAUUCAAGUGACACUACAAGCGCCGUGGGUUCUUCAUCUAUGGAUAAAUCUAAGGAGAAUGGAAAACAAGCUCCUAUUAUUCGUGUUAUUCCAGAAUAUGUUGAAAUAUGGAGCGAUUAG